AUGCCAAUCUCUUAUGACAAGUGGGACAAACUCGAGGUCUCUGAUGACUCGGAUGUCGAGGUCCACCCCAACGUAGACACCAAAAGCUUCAUUCGAGCAAAACAACGUCAAAUCCACGAGCAGCGGGCCCAGCGCAAAGUCGAAAUCGAAACCCUCAAAUACGAACGGGUCAUAAACGAUGGCCUACUCGAACGAAUAAAUGCCCUACUUGAUGCUCUGAAGAAACACCAGGAUGAAGCUCUCACCAAGAAUCCAGAGGAACUCGUCUUUCAAUCCUUGAUUGAGAGCGCAGGUGACCCCGCCAAAGAUGAACCUCCCAAGCCACCUCCUGGUGUGUACACCCACCAAAAGGAGCCACAACCACGUUACUCCAAGAUGAUGGGUGCUUUGGUCGAUCAGGUCAAGAAGGAAGUCGAUGAGAAGGCAAGCAAUGAACGAUAUAAAGACUUUGUCACGGGUGUCAAUGGUCAUCUUGAGAAAGUCCAGAAAUUACAACAAGACUUGUUAAAACGUCUCGCCACUCUAGAACAGGAAUCUGUUGCUAAGAUUACUAGCGAAGACAUUCAUGAUGGGUUCAAUUCUUCUUUCGUCAACAAGUCGAAGCCUGCGCCUCCUCCGGCCGAGAAACCCAAGGCACAGCCAAAGCAGAAGAAGUCGGAGAAUGUGGAACUUUUGAAUAAACCCUCAGGCCUCAGUUCCGCCACUCGUGAUGCCCUCAAGUCUACCGACGGAGGCGUCUCCUCAGGUGCAGAGGCCGACAUUGAGGACGAUGCACUCCUUGAGAAACAUGAAGACGAUGAGGACGACGAGGAAGAAACCGAAACCAACCUAAAGCUGACGCCGGAAGGCAAAGAAUUCGCACGAAUCAAACUGGGAGACUAUCGGGCCAGUCUGGUGUUCAUCUCCCAACACCCCGACAUUGUCAAUGAACGGACACAAGAUGCACUGAUGAUUGAGGCCUUCAACGCUCAGAUGAAGGGUCAAGAGACCUAUGCCCGUGCCUGUGUUCAUCAGAGUCUGCUAGUACAAUAUUGCCGUCAACUGGGGAGAGAUGGUGUGGGAGUCUUCUUCAAGAGAAUCACCACAAAGGGCCAUCAAGCACAGCAAGUCUUCAACAAGGACUUGACCGAGACUUAUGGACGCAUCAAAAUCCGGGCAGCAGAAUUGAAGAAAGAAGAAGCCAAUGAUCCGGCAGGUGUCGAACAAAUUCAACUUCACGCCGUUGAACCGGGAACCGAGAUCCACAUCAACGUCCCCCAACCCAAUUCGGAGGAGGAAGUCGAGCAGGAAGCGAGGAAAAUAUUCGAGAACUUCCCUCCUGGUCUUCAACGAGCACUUGAGUCUGGCAGUCUGGAUCAAGUCAACCUCAUCCUAGGCAAGAUGAGUGUGGAUGAAGCCGAAGAAAUUGUUGAGCUACUUGGUCAAGGAGGAAUGUUAAGUUUGCAGGAGGGAGUGAUCGAUGCGACAAACGAGGAGGGUCAGAAACGACUCAAAGAGAUUGAGGAGGAGGAGAAGAAGCGGAAGAAGGAAGAACUGGCCAUGGGCAAGAGUGUUGAGCCUGGAGAGCCCGGCGAGGCUGUGGAGGAGGUUCCGAUCAGAUGA